CGGAUGGCAACAAUCCAAAGCAAUACAAGGUGCCAACUUUUCAACUUGAGAAGUUCGACGACUACACGCAUCAGGACCCGGUGCUCUGGUGGGAAGCUUUCACAACGCAACUUCAGAUUCUGCCUGUCGCCAAGCACACGUACAUCGGCGCCCUGUUCAUGAACUCAAAGGGCGGAUGCCAGAUCUGGUUAACCCACCUGGCAGCCACCCACGGCGUCGACGUCGCAAAUCUGAGAGACAAGAUCAUAUGGGAAGAGUUAACACGGCUGUGGAAGAAGCGGUUCAUCGUCGACGACGCACCAGCACUCGCCAUCAACUGUCUCUUCACCAUGACUCAAGGCAACACAGCAACACGCGACUGGCUCACGGAAUGGCAGAAGAUCGCRGCAACGCCCGAUCUUGACUUACCAUUUCCGCAUUUGCGCCGUGAGUUCUACAACAGGUCAUGCGCUGCAUUGAGCCAGACACUUGGUGAUCGCGAGCAGUAUGCAACCUUCGCUGAGAUCAUUGACAAGGCGAGGGAGAUCAUCAAGACCAACAGGGCGGCUGCACACGAGAAGUCAACGUGGCAGCCAACCUACGUGGAGAAGGUGAGAACUGGUCCGCGACAGCAGCAGCUCGCUGCAGUCCAAUCGGACAACACUGUGGAAGACCCGGCAGCCACCCAAGCGUCACGUGAGGGAGAUCAGGUGGCUGCUGUCCACCUGCGAAGCAACAACAAACCCCGAGUGAACGGGAAGGCGAAACCAGCAUCGCAGGCCGGAAACGGACAACCAGCACCACCAUGGGUCAAGUUCAACUUGACCGAGGCCGAGUACAAGUACCGCGGCCGUUACGGCUGCUGUUACUGGUGCAACAGCACCAAGCACAAGACCUCCCUUUGCCAGGAUCAGGCCAAGGAGGAUGCACAAUUGCGGGAUUACUUGCACACUGCAGUACCGGCUCCGUUGAUGGACGCCGGAGCAGAGGUUGUCGACCUUCACGCCUACAUUGCGAAGAUCGACCGCGAGUUCAAGACGCAACGGUAUGACGACAUCGACGCACCAUUGCUAUACGUACGCAUUCAGAUCGGAGAGGCGACCUGCAGCGCAUUGAUCGAUUGCGGAGCAUCUCCCAACUACAUGAGUCAGGACUUCAUGGGAGAUGUGCUUUUGCGGCUUCUCCGACUGCAUAUUCAGAACAACGAUAAUCCAUAUGAGACCGUCUACAAUUUCUCCUGCAACAUUAUGCCAAUGGUAUUAGCGAAGAGUGGUCGGGGAAGCCAGACGCAGGUUGAUGGGUAUCCGUCUCUGAAUGCAUUCACAUUUGGCACCUGGUACCGUGUCCAGCACGAGGAGAUACUCACAAUUUUCAAUGAGACGAUGAAGAAAAUUUUAGCCUCUGAGAAAGCCAAACUUGACUCAUCAGAGGAGACCAUUGCUGAUUUGCUUGCACAAUUCCAGCAAUGUGUUAUUGUACACGUGGCACUUGUGCAGCUCACCAGGCAACAUGACAAGGUUGCAAUUCACGGUGCAGCAAUUCGGUAUGGUGGAAAAUUCAUGGACACUUUCCUCAAAGGAAUGAAGUUUCUUCAGUCACACUGGUCAACUCACAAAGAUGAGAUCAUAGUACUGGUUCGAGAACUGCAAAAGGCGACUCGGAUAAUCCAAUCUCUGUGCUCUGAAAGCAAGUGUAAGAGGAAGAUGCCUCUGAUAGCAAAGGUUCCUUCAGUGAAGAGAUCCAUGGAGCGGUAUGUGUUCAGUGUGAAGGCACUACUUCACCAGACCGAGAAGGAGAAACUUUUCUGGAUAGGGAAUCUGAAACAUAAAGAUGUCCAGGGGCGCGAAGUGAGCUCACAAGUCCCAGGUGGUGAAGAGGAUGAAGAGGAUCAGGUAGAGGCCGCUGCCAUGGUCGAGGAAGAGGAGGAAGAUGUUGGGGAGGAACUGGGAGAAAGAUCUGAUGGCACAGAGAGUGCAGAGGACAACUAGUGGGGCAGAAGACCAUGUCAUGCCUCAACUCCACAUAAUUUUUUAUUCCCUCUUUGUUCCCUCGACCGGUACGUGCGACUUCAGAAUUUUCCGUGUUUUCAAUUUUGUUA